GUACAUUCUGUCAAAUAAAUAUCAGGAAUUGUUCGCUUCAAUGGACCGAAAACGUCUUCCAUGAAGUAAUCAUUUGAGUUUGAGGAACAAGAAAAAGUCACACGAAGCCAUAUCCGACGAAUACAGUGCUCGAUCGAUGACGCGAUCAAGAGCGCGGACGACAGCAAGCGGCGAUCCUACCUCGUCAACAUCGACGAGAAGGAUAAUAACGAGACGGCGAUAAUGAUGGGACGGUAUAAACUUGUCAGAGGUAACUUGCAACGUAUCGGCACUUACACUGUUUGUUCGUAUGUUUUACAAGUUAUUUCUAUAAAAUAUAUAUAAAUAAUAUAUAUUUCUAUAAAAUAUAUUUAUAUUAGGAAACGCAAACUAAUACGAACGAGUCGCGUUUUUAUAUAUUAUGUACGAGGAUAACGCGAGAGGAUUACAUAUUGUUAUGUAUUUUUUUCUGUUUUCUGUUUUCGACACAGAUAAGUCCGAAUAUUCGACGCAUUACGGGUACACCGGUAACGACCCGUCGUAUCCCAAGUACAAUGCGACGAACAUGUUAGCAUCGCCGGUCGCAUCCGCCAUCGCCAGUGUUUCGAGUUCCGUGUUAAACGCCGAUAAAAUAGAGCAACUACGAGAAGAAAGCACGGUGGUUUGUCGGACUUCUGAUUUCUCGAACUGCACGAAUCGUACUUGCCUGUUCGAUGUUCGCGAGGACCCUUGCGAAACUACAGACUUGUCGUCGAUGUAUCUCGAGGUCGUGGAGAGAUUGAACGCGUUCAUCGACGGUCAUAAAUCGGUCAUAAAUCGGUCCUCAUGAAGCGGAUGAACUCACCCCUCGACCCGAACGGCUUCCCGCGCAAUUUUAACGACACCUGGAUGCCGUGGCUGCCGGACGACUACCUGACUGCAGCAUCUCUCGGGGAACGAAGUUACAUGAUAACGCGGUAACGGAGUGUUGAUUACGUACACCGAGAGUACACGAGAAAUAAAAGGAAGCGUGCUUUUGCGCCGCUUAAAUGCAACGGUAAAACAGUCCCGAGUCGAAAUUCUGACUCUGCAUUAAAAUGUUGUACGAGCUGUUGUCCUGUUUUUGCGACAAAUGGUCGCUUAAUGCGUCAUUCGCGGAGUUAUUUAAUGCAGAACCAAAAGUCCGACUCGGGAUUUCGCGUAAACUCGCGUUUGUCAUCGCGACUGGAGCGAGUCCGAGAUUCAAUACAAAUUCCGGGAGGAAUUUCAAAUAUUUCCAAUCGACUUUUUUUAAUAAAGGUAUGACAAACGACGUAAGGCCCGUCUCUUUAUUAGCGGGACAGCGAGUGUCGAACGUAGGGGGCGGAUUGGGGUGGCAAAAAGUUUGUCGCCGGAGGGACAAAACUCUUCCUUUCGCCGACGUUAUUGUAUAGAGAUUAUGCAGAUGGGACGCGGUCGUCGCGUCCCGGAGAAGGUUGAUAUCUAUUUAAUUACCGAGAUCGUAUUAAUUAAUCGUGUCCCAUGCAAAGAGAUAGUUUUGCAGCCGUGCGACGCGCUCGUCUUGAGUUGCCGAUGAACGCGAAUUUGCGAAUCUUUGGUCAGCCCGUCCGCGCAAGUUCGUUAUAUUUAUGUCCAUUUAUCAACUAUUUAUCUAUUAAAAGUUUACUUUUGCCUCGACUAUUUUACUAGCGGGUGAUUAACUGUUGACGAUGUGUAAACGAUGGCGUAACUAUUGAGAGAGAGAGAGAGAGAGAGAGGGAGAGGGAGAGAGAAAAAGAGCAAUAUUGAAAAGAUAGUACUUUAAUAUUUGUAUAGUUGUAGAUAUAUUAGUAUAUAACUUAUAUAGUUUUCAGAAUCCAAUCCGAGCAACGCAUAUUAAUUGAGCAACGGUUGGUUUUUUAAAUGAAACAAUAUCGGACCGAUAUUAUUAAAACGCAACGACCCGAUAAAUCGUUAGAUGGAUUUCUUUUCUACUUAUUUGAUAUAAACUAAGAGGCAUGUACUGUGUCCCUUUGUCACUUUUAACUGCCUUGAAAUAGUCUGCUGUAUUUUCGGCCAUUUUAAUACAUGAACUAUCAGUCAAUUGACAACGCACAACUAACCGUUUGUUGAACAAACCGUCUAGCCGGAGUUGGAUCAACCGAUAAACUGAUAAUUGUUCUCAACAAAUUUUUCUGCUGUUUAAACAAAUUUGAUUCCGCUGUCGCUAUAUCGACAAACAUUUUUGCUGCCCCGGCGAAAUUUGUUUCCUCCGUGUGCGGUCCGCAAGAGGUCUACAAAUCGAAACGUGGGGGAACUCGACGGAGAGACGCGAAGACGCCGCGAUCGCGCGUAUCGCCAACAGCCCCGCCUGAAUUUCUCGAAUCUCCCAGAAUUUGUAACGAGACAGGAUCGAGCGAGCGGGAGGACAUCUAAUUAAUUUUACGCGCUCGCAAGAGUUAUUGCGAGACACGAGGGGAA